AUGCCUUCUGAUAUUGUAGACGUGCACGUACACGGUACAGAGGACAACGAACUCGCCAUUCGCCAACAGCUGCUCGAUGGACUUCGGCAACCUCAAGGACAGAAACAUGUCCCAACCAUGCUCCUCUACGAUGAACGAGGCUUGAAGCUAUACGACGACAUAACCACGCAAGCUCCCGAAUACUACCUAUUCGCUGCUGAGGAAGAAAUCCUUAAGGAACGCGCUGAUGAAUUGGUUCACAUCAUGCACGGGGGCGCUGGUCCGGUGGAGGGGGAAGCGGUUAUUGAGCUUGGAGCAGGUGCUUUGAGAAAGACUUCUCACAUCUUGCUUGCACUCUCUCGCCUAGUAAAGAACCCUUCUGACAAACCACCAAUGACCUACUACGCCCUUGACCUCGAAAGGAAUGAGUUGGAACGAACGCUUGGAGAGAUUAAUACCUCUCAUAUCGGAAAGGAAUUGGAAGGAAAGAUUGCAACAAAGGGCAUGUGGGGAACGUACGACGACGGGCUUAAAUACAUCGAGACUGCUGGAAUGCAUUCGGUCACGCCCGACUAUGUUGACAGAGCUGCGACUUCAUUUUUGCGACUCGACAAUCGCGACUCUUCGCCUGGUUCGAACGAGUCGGAGUCGUCUACAAGUGACUCGCACGACUACUCUACUUCCCACCCAUCGACCCCAGACGAUGCUCAACCUCCUUUACACCUUCUUUUCCUUGGAUCCUCGUUGGGGAAUUUCACUCGUGAGGAGGGUACGCACUUCCUGCGCUCUCUGCCUCUCCGACCUGGAUCCGGAGACACGCUCCUAAUUGGGCUGGAUUGUGACAACGAGAAGGAAAUGAUUGAAAAGGCGUAUAAUGAAGACGGUGGUUAUACGCGGAGGUUUAUCAUGAAUGGCUUGAAGGCUGCGGGAAGAGUAUUAGGUAACGAGAACUUCUUUGAUGAGAAUCAAUGGGAAUAUGUUAAUAGGUAUGAUGAAAAACAACGCCGGCACGAAGCGUUUUACCGAUCCAAGUCCUCGCAAAGUCUCAAGCUACCUUCCGACGAAGGAUCUCUACAUUUCCUCGAGAAUGAGUUGAUCAAAGUGGAGGAAUCGUGGAAGUUUUCCGAAAAGGACGCUUACACCCUUUUCUCGGAAAGCAAUUUGAGGCCAGUGCAGCGCUGGUCAGACAGCCAGUCUAGAUAUUCGCUUUGGCUACUUGAACGGCCAGCAUUCAAUUUCCCGCUCCUAUCCUCUCGUUUCGCAUGCAAUGCCGAUGGGCAGCUUGUUGAGAAGAAAGCGUAUACGUCAACGACAUUUGGUGUACCGUCUCCUCAAGAGUGGGAGAAUGUCUGGGCACUCUGGGAUUGUAUCACCUUGCGCAUGAUACCCCCUUCAAUGUUAUAUCAGAAACCUAUCGACCUUCGACACAUCUGCUUGUUUUAUCUUGGUCAUAUUCCUGCAUUCCUUGACAUUCAUUUGUCAAAACUAUUAGACGAACCACAUUCGGAGCCAGAUUACUUUAAGGAUAUCUUUGAGCGUGGUAUCGAUCCCAAUGUCGAUGAUCCUAGCCAAUGCCAUUCACACUCCGAGGUCCCACGAAAGGAUGAAGAAUGGCCCAGUCAUACUGCAAUCCUUCAAUUCCGUUCUCGUGUCCGGUCACGACUCUUGAAACUUUAUGAAGAUAUCGACAAUGGUACUAAGGAGCUGACGCGAAGAAUGGGUCGAGUGCUAUUCAUGACGCUCGAGCAUGAAGCUCUUCAUGCUGAAACUCUUCUCUACAUGCUAAUUCAACGCGCUGGCACGGGCACUAUCUCUCCUCCUGGAUUCGCGAUUCCUGAUUGGGGCUCUCUCACCGAAUAUUGGAACACCCUUCCUGCACCGGAGCAAUCAACCGUGACUCUGGGCCCUGCGACGGUUGUUGUAGGUCAUGAUGAUCUUGACGCAGACGACAAACUUCCAGAAAACAUCAAAGAUUUCGAAAAGCAUGAAUAUGGUUGGGAUAACGAGCAUCCUGAACGAGAGUACCAAGUGGGACAAUUCCGUAUUGAAUGGCGUCCGGUCACCAAUGGAGAGUUCUAUACUGCUUUCAAGGCGAAUCGUGAUCGAUUCCAGCUCCCUGCUAGCUGGGUUGAACACAAGGGCGAGACCCAGGUGAGAACGCUCUAUGGACCUGUGCCUAUGAAGGUGGCGCAUCAUUGGCCAGUAGCAACUUCAUUCGACAACCUUUCAGCUUAUGCGACAGUCAAAGGAGGUCGUAUUCCUACGGAGCCAGAGCUGCGAUUGUUCUACGAGAAGUUCAAGUCGGGAUUCGAAGGUGGCGCUAACAUCGGUUUCCGGAACUGGCACCCUAUUCCGGCGACGACCGGGGGUGAGAAGGACGGCGGAAGGGGUCAUAACGGGGGCGUGUGGGAGUGGACUUCAACUUUGUUCGAUAAAUAUGAUGGAUUUACUCCAUCAGAGCUCUAUCCCGGCUAUUCUGCGGAUUUCUUCGAUGGGUGUCAUCAGGUGGUGAUCGGAGGCUCUUAUGCGACGAUUCCUCGUAUCGCUGAGCGCAAGUCAGUCCGAAACUGGUACCAACGAAACUAUCCCUACCCAUGGGUCGGAGCUCGAGUUGUGUAUGAUAUUUAG